AUGGUUUCUGCAGCAGCAGGGGCUGUCGGUGGUGCUGCAGUGCAGCAAGCAGCAGCAGCAGGGGCUGUCGGUGGUGCUGCAGUAAAGGAAGUCGCCCGAAGCUUCCGCUGGCAGCAAGCUCUUGCUGCAGCAGCAGCAAAAGGAUAUAGAAGCGCAACACUGCCGCAGGGGCAUGCGACUAUAGUCCCCCGGGUUCCCACACCGGAGACCAGCAGCAGCAGCAGCAGCAGUGACAGCAGCAGCAGCAGCAGCAGCAGCAGCAGCUUGAACAAGGUGGUGUUUGAAGGAAGAUACACAAACUUCUCUUUAGGGCAUAUAUGGGAGCGGUAUGAUUUCUUACAAACUCAUUUGCUGCUGCAGGAGGCGUUGCUGCUGCAGCAGGGGCAGCAGCCGGAGCUGCUGCAGCCGGAGCAUCUGCUGCAGCAAAGACCAAUGGAACAACACCAGUUGCUGCUGCAGCUGCAACUGCAGCAGCAGCAGCAGCAGCAGCAGCGGGCUGCCUGCGGUGUCGGUGUCGCAGUGUCUGCCUUCUGUCUCCAUUGA